GGAGGGAAAGAAGCGAAACCACCAGUGAAGAAUGGUCUCAGCCCGCGGACGCCGCCACCGCCACCACCGCCGCCACCACCACCGCCGCUGCUGCUGAGGAGACUCCGGGCUUGAGGACGUCGCUGGAGCCGCUGCCGAGCCGGGGCCGGGGCUGGAGCCGCGUCCGCUUGCCCUGCCUACCCUGCCCCUUGCCUGCCUCCCCGCCCGCCCUUCCCUGCGCCCGAGUCUGGGUCCGGGUGCUGCGGCCUCUGUUUAGAUUUUUAAUUAUUUAUUUUGUAAUUUAUUAUUAAUUAUUCAUCUCUCCUCUCGUGCCGCGGGGGGCUACGUGUGCGUGCCAGUGCGUGUGUGAGUGAGUGUGAGAAAGAGCGAGCCCCCGUCGGCCUCGGCUGUGCCGGGGGGCGGCGGGUCCCCGGGGCCCGGCAGAGGAGGCAGCGGCGGCGGCAGGUCCCGUCCCCCUCGUUCCCGGGCGGGGCUCCUCUCAAGGCUCGGCCCGGCCUGACCCUCCGCCCCGGGGCCGCGGCCGGGGCAGCCGCCGGGAGUGGGUGGAGAGGGCGGGCGGCUGGCCGGCCCCGCGGCGGCCUCGUCUUCCACCCCCCUUCCCAGCUCCCUCGCCCGCCCGCCCGCCUCCCUCCCCGGCGUCUGUGUUUCUCUCUCUGGUCGGAGGCGGCGGUAAUGGCGGAUGGUGGGUUGUGGCGCCGGCGGCGGCUGUGAGGGACGAUGAGUUCCUGCUUCGUGCCGAACGGGGCCAGCCUAGAGGAUUGUCACUGUAACCUCUUCUGCCUGGCUGAUUUGACAGGAAUUAAAUGGAAACGCUAUGUAUGGCAAGGCCCAACUUCUGCCCCAAUUCUGUUUCCGGUGACUGAAGAAGACCCCAUUUUGAGCAGCUUUAGUCGCUGUCUUAAGGCAGAUAUACUUGGUGUUUGGCGGAGAGAUCAGAGACCUGGAAGAAGAGAAUUGUGGAUAUUUUGGUGGGGUGAGGACCCCAACUUUGCUGACCUUAUUCAUCAUGACUUAGCAGAAGAAGAAGAUGGAGUGUGGGAGAAUGGACUUUCCUAUGAAUGCCGCACUCUGCUUUUCAAAGCAGUCCACAAUCUGUUGGAGAGGUGUUUAAUGAACCGUAACUUUGUACGAAUUGGCAAGUGGUUUGUGAAACCUUAUGAAAAAGAUGAAAAACCUAUAAAUAAAAGCGAACACUUGUCCUGCUCUUUCACUUUUUUCUUGCACGGGGACAGCAAUGUUUGUACCAGCGUGGACAUUAACCAGCACCAGCCUGUAUAUCUUCUUAGUGAAGAGCACAUCACCCUUGCUCAACAAUCUAAUAACCCUUUUCAAGUUAUCUUAAGUCCAUUUGGAUUAAAUGGCACUCUAACAGGACAAGCAUUCAAGAUGUCUGAUUCAUCCACCAAGAAAUUGAUUGGUGAAUGGAAACAAUUUUAUCCUAUUUCAUCAUGCUUAAAGGAGAUAUCAGAAGAGAAGCAGGAAGAUAUGGAUUGGGAAGAUGACUCUCUAGCUGCUGUGGAAGUUCUUGUUGCUGGUGUGCGAAUGAUCUAUCCAGCAUGCUUUGUGUUAGUCCCUCAGUCAGACAUUCCUACUCCUAGCACCGUGGGAUCUUCUCAUUGUUCAAAUACUUGCUUGGGUGUCCACCAAGUGCCUGCCUCUACAAGAGAUCCUGCCAUGUCUUCAGUAACUCUAACUCCACCUACAUCUCCUGAGGAAGUCCAGACAGUUGAUGCCCAGUCCGCUCAAAAAUGGGUCAAAUUUCCUUCAGUUUCUGAUGGAUUCAGCUCAGAUAGUACUAGCCAUCAUGGUGGCAAAAUACCCAGAAAACUAGCCAAUCAGGUGGUGGAUAGAGUUUGGCAAGAAUGCAAUAUGAACAGAGCACAGAAAAAGAGGAAGUAUUCUGCUUCAUCAAGUGGUAUGUGUGAAGAAGAAACUGCAGACAAAGUUGCAUCGUGGGAUUUUGUUGAGGCCACACAGAGGACAAGUUGCAGCUGUUCAAGGCACAAAAAUUUCAAACCAAGAAAUUCUGGACAACAGGGGCAGGCACCACCUGUAGGCCAGCAACAACAAGCAGCUCCCAAGCACAAAGCUAAUGAAAAGCAAGAAAAAAGUGAAAAGCCACAGAAACGUCCCUUGACUCCUUUUCACCAUCGUGCAUCUAUUAGUGAUGAUACUAUGGAAACAGAUACUUCUAGUCAGAGGCUGGUGAUCUCUGCUCCAGACAGCCAAGUGAGAUUUUCAAACAUCCGAGCUAAUGAUGUGGCAAAGACUCCUCAGAUGCAUAGCACUGAAAUUGCAAACUCCCCUCAGCCACCACCUCUUAGUCCUCAUCCAUGUGAUGUGGUUGAUGAAGCAGUAACUAAAACCCCUUCAACUCCUCAGAGUCAACAUUUCUAUCAAAUGCCAACACCUGAUCCCUUGGUACCUACUAAACCAUUGGAAGAUAGGAUAGAUGGUUUGUCUCAUUCUUUCCCAGCACAGUUUCCAGAAGUUUUGGAGCCUACAGUAUAUGUUGGUACAGCUGUAAAUUUAGAAGAUGAUGAAGAUCAUAGAACCUGGAAGUAUUUCAAGGUCCCAAAGAAAAAAGAUGUGGAGUUUUUACCACCACAGCUUCCAAGUGAUAAAUUCAAAGAUGAUCCAGUUGGACCUGCUGGACAGGAAAGUGUAACAUCAGUUACAGAGUUAAUGGUGCAAUGUAAAAAACCUUUAAAGGUUUCUGAUGAACUGGUACAACAGUAUCAGAGUAAAAAUCAGUAUCUUUCAGCAGUAGUAUCUGAUAUGGAACAAGAGCCUGAAAUUGAUCCAUAUGCAUUUGUUGAUGGAGAUGUGGAAUUUCUUUUUCCUGAUAAUAAAAAAGAUAGGCAGAACAGUGAUAGAGAACCUGGGAAAAAACAUAAGGCAGAAGAUGGGACUUCUAAUGUAACAGUGUUAUCACAUGAAGAAGAUGCUAUGUCGUUAUUUAGUCCCUCUGUCAAGCAAGAUGCACAGCGUCCUGGUGGUCAUGCCCGUCCUCCAUCAACCAGCCUCAUUUACGAUUCUGACCUGGCUGUCUCUUAUACUGACCUUGACAAUCUCUUCAAUUCUGAUGAAGAUGAAUUAACACCUGGCUCUAAAAAAACAUUGAAUGGCUCAGAUGAAAAAUCUAAUUGCAAGGAGUCAAAGGCAGGAAAUUUGGAUCCACUGUCAUGCAUAAGCACUGCAGAUCUUCAUAAGAUGUAUCCAACACCACCGUCAUUGGAACAACAUAUUAUGGGAUUUUCCCCAAUGAAUAUGAACAACAAGGAAUAUGGUAGUAUGGAUACUACACCUGGAGGAACUAUUCUAGAUGGGAAUAGUUCCAGUAUAGGAGCCCAAUUCAAAAUUGAGGUUGAUGAGGGAUUCUGUAGUCCCAAACCUUCUGAAAUUAAGGAUUUUUCAUAUGUCUAUAAACUGGAAAAUUGUCAAGCUCUGGUGGGAUGUUCCAUGUUUGCUCCUCUAAAGACACUCCCCAGCCAGUGUUUGCCUCCUAUCAAGCUUCCAGAAGAGUGCAUUUAUCGGCAAAGUUGGAGUGUUGGAAAAUUAGAGUUGCUUCCUCCAGGGCCUGCCAUGCCUUUCAUCAAAGAGGGUGAUGGAAGUGCUUUGGAUCAAGAAUAUGGCCCUGCUUAUACUCCUCAAACUCAUACUCCUUUUGGGAUGCCCCCAAGCAGUGCACCUCCUAGUAAUAGUGGAGCAGGAAUUCUUCCUUCUCCCUCUACCCCUAGAUUUCCAACUCCACGAACACCAAGGACACCUCGUACACCUCGUGGAGCUGGUGGACCUGCCAGUGCACAAGGCUCAGUCAAAUAUGAAAAUUCAGACUUGUAUUCACCAGCUUCCACCCCAUCAACAUGUAGACCCCUAAAUUCUGUUGAGCCUGCAACUGUUCCUUCCAUCCCUGAAGCACAUAGUCUUUAUGUAAACCUCAUUCUUUCAGAGUCAGUAAUGAAUUUAUUCAAAGACUGUAAUUUUGACAGUUGUUGUAUCUGUGUCUGCAACAUGAACAUCAAAGGUGCUGAUGUUGGAGUUUACAUUCCAGAUCCAACACAGGAAGCACAGUAUAGAUGUACCUGUGGCUUCAGUGCUGUCAUGAACAGAAAAUUUGGAAACAACUCUGGAUUGUUUCUUGAAGAUGAACUAGAUAUCAUAGGACGUAACACUGAAUGUGGUAAAGAAGCAGAGAAACGUUUUGAUGCUCUCAGGACUACAUCUGUUGAACAUGUCAAUGGAGGACUAAAAGAAGCUGAAAAAUUGCCUGAUGAGUUAAUAUUAUUGCUACAAGAUCAGUGCACUAAUUUAUUUUCACCAUUUGGAGCAGCAGACCAAGAUCCUAUUCCAAAAAUUGGUGUAACUAGCAGUUCGGUACGUGUUGAAGAACGGGAUUGUUGCAAUGACUGCUACCUUGCAUUAGAACAUGGACGUCAGUUCAUGGAUAAUAUGUCAGGAGGAAAAGUUGAUGAAACCCUUGUGAAAACUACAUGUUUACAUCCCUGGGCCAAAAGAAAUGCUAUGGAUACAAGCAUGCAGUGUUCACAGGACAUCCUUCAAAUGCUCUUGUCCCUUCAGCCAAUACUUCAAGAUGCCAUUCAGAAAAAACGAACAGUGAGAUCUUGGGGAGUACAAGGUCCUCUUACUUGGCAACAGUUUCAUAAAAUGGCUGGCCGAGGCUCAUAUGGAACUGAUGAGUCCCCAGAACCACUGCCAAUUCCCACAUUUUUGUUGGGAUAUGAUUAUGAUUUUCUGGUGCUCUCUCCAUUUGCCUUGCCUUAUUGGGAGAGGCUGAUGCUAGAACCCUAUGGAUCUCAAAGAGAUAUAGCAUAUGUUGUACUAUGUCCAGAGAAUGAAGCCCUUCUGAAUGGAGCAAAAACCUUUUUUAGAGAUCUUACUGCAAUAUAUGAGUCCUGUCGAUUAGGACAACAUAGACCCAUUUCACGAUCAUUGCCUGAUGGGAUCAUGAAAGUUGGAUCUACUGCUUCAAAGAAACAUUCAGAAAAGUUGGUAACUGAAUGGUUUUCUCAGGCAGCUGAUGGCAACAAUGAAGCAUUUUCUAAACUCAAGCUGUAUGCACAAGUCUGCAAAUACGACCUGGGUCCUUACCUUGCUUCCCAGCCAUUGGAUAGCUCUUUACUUUCCCAGCCAAAUUUGGUUGUCCCCACAAAUCAGUCUCUCACUACUCCACCUCAGGGGACAAAUACUGGGAAUUCAAACACUCCCUCUGGCACCCCAGCAACAACAACUAGCAGCACUAUGACCAUGACUUCAGGUAGCUCUGUGUCUUCUGCUGUCUCCACAACUAAUUCUACGUUGACUACAACUUCAUCCUCCACCACCACCACCACCACCUCCUCCACCACCACCACCACCACCACCAACAUAAGCAGUGGAAUGGCAACCAAUAAACAAGCUUCCUUUCCACCAUUUGGAAGUAUGAACAAUGCUUCUGCUGGAUCUAUGUCUACACAAGCAGCCACUGUUCAGAAUGCCCAGUUAUCAGGGCAACAGCCCCCAACUCUACCGACUGCUGGGGUUUCUGCAGAGGCAUCCUCUGGUCCAACUCAGCCACAUCCAGAAGUGUCUGAAAGCACUAUGGAUCGGGAUAAAGUAGGAAUCCCAACAGAUGGUGAUUCACAUGCAAUCACUUAUCCACCUGCAAUUGUUGUUUACAUAGUUGAUCCUUUUACAUAUGAAAAUAAAGAUGAGAGCUCUAAUCCUAACAUAUGGACCUUGGGUCUACUUAGAUGUUUCUUGGAAAUGGUCCAAACGCUUCCACCUCACCUCAAGAGUACUGUUUCUGUACAGAUUGUCCCAUGUCAAUACCUGCUACAACCUGUGAAACAUGAAGAUAGACAGAUCUAUACCCAGCAUUUAAAAUCUUUGGCUUUUUCGGUCUUUACCCAGUGUCGGAGACCACUUCCAACAUCAACCAAUGUAAAAACGUUAACUGGCUUUGGGCCAGGUUUAGCGAUGGAAACUGCCCUUAAAAGUCCUGAUAGACCAGAGUGUAUUCGGCUUUAUACUCCUCCUUUUAUUCUGGCCCCUGUGAAGGACAAACAGACAGAACUAGGAGAAACAUUUGGAGAAGCUGGACAGAAAUACAAUGUACUUUUUGUGGGCUACUGUUUAUCUCAUGAUCAAAGGUGGCUUCUUGCAUCAUCCACAGAUCUAUAUGGAGAAUUAUUAGAAACUUGCAUCAUUAAUAUUAAUGUUCCAAACAGUCCCAAAGAUAAUACGGUUCAAAGAACUCGUAGGAAAAAAUGUUCUGCUCGAAGACUUGGUCUCCAGAAACUGUGGGAAUGGUGUUUAGGGCUUAUACAGAUGAGUUCUUUACCAUGGAGAGUUGUAAUUGGUCGCUUAGGAAGAAUAGGGCAUGGAGAAUUAAAAGAUUGGAGUUGUUUGCUGAGUCGCCGCAAUCUGCAGUCUCUUAGUAAAAGACUAAAAGAUAUGUGUAGGAUGUGUGGUAUAUCUGCUGCUGACUCUCCAAGCAUUCUUAGUGCUUGCCUGGUAGCAAUGGAGCCUCAAGGAUCUUUUGUUAUUAUGCCAGAUUCUGUGUCAACAGGAUCUGUAUUUGGACGAAGUACCACUCUAAACAUGCAGACAUCUCAGCUCAAUACCCCACAGGAUACAUCGUGCACUCAUAUACUUGUAUUCCCUACUUCUGCUUCUGUGCAAGUAGCUUCAGCCACUUACACCACUGAGAAUUUGGACUUGGCUUUCAAUACAAACAACGAUGGAGCUGAUGGAAUAGGUAUUUUUGAUCUAUUAGACACAGGAGAUGAUCUUGACCCUGACAUCAUCAAUAUCCUUCCUGCAUCCCCAACUGGGUCCCCUGUCCAUUCUCCAGGAUCUCAUUAUCCUCAUGGAGGUGAUGCUGGCAAGGGUCAAGGUACAGAUCGGCUGCUUUCAACAGAAUCUCAUGAUGAAGUAACAAAUAUUCUUCAGCAACCGUUGGCUCUUGGUUACUUUGUAUCAACUGCCAAAGCGGGUCCAUUACCUGACUGGUUUUGGUCAGCAUGUCCUCAAGCACAACAUCAGUGUCCCCUCUUUCUUAAGGCCUCUUUGCACCUCCAUGUGCCUUCAGUGCAAUCAGAUGAGCUGCUUCACAGUAAACACUCCCACCCACUUGACUCAAAUCAGACUUCAGAUGUCCUCAGGUUUGUUUUGGAACAGUAUAAUGCACUCUCCUGGCUUACCUGUGACCCUGCAACCCAGGACAGACGGUCAUGUCUCCCAAUUCAUUUUGUGGUGCUGAAUCAGUUAUAUAACUUUAUCAUGAAUAUGCUGUGAUCUUCUGGACUGUGCAAGAAAAGAACAAGGAAAAGGGAUUUUAUUUCAUUGCAGGACUAAGUUAUAAUCUUCUCAGUGCAAGUCAUUUGUGAUGGGGUAUCAUUCUUCUUACUUCAACAAAUAUUGUUUUGACCUGGGGGGAGGGGGCUGUAACCCUACUGUUUUUCACUGAUUAUAUACCGAACUCUUUAGGAUUAUGAUGAUUGAUCAUACAAAAUGUAUUAUAACAUUUUAGUAGCAAAAAUUAACCUUUUUUUUUCCAGUCACAGUAUUUGUGAAAGUAAUGAGCCAUAGUGCCCAGUCAUGUUAAAUGAAUAUUAAAAGCAUGGAGAAGAGACACAAGGAACAAUGAGUUCAGCAUAUGGCUUCAGAACAUCAAGAUGUUCUUGUAUUGGAUUAUAGUACCUAGUAUUCAAAAAUGCCUGCAUCUUAUUUAUUGUAAGUUUUUAAAUGUAUAAAUUGUCUUAUAUUUCUUAACCUCUUUUAUAAAAAUUUUCCUAGAAGGUUUAUACUGCCUUCUUGCUUUAAAGCAAUUGGUCUAAAAUAUAUGUAAUCGUCUUAAUUAAAAGUUGCAGUAGGGUUGCUUUUAGAGUAUUAUUUUUUUGUAAGGGGGUGGGUGGGACAGUAAAUUUGUAUUGUCUUGAUGUACAGUUUAAUGGGGAUAGAGGGGGGUUAAUGUCCAUGCCAUUGUGUGUGGAGGAUUUACAGCUAAGCUGUAGUUGCAGAGUACAUGUACAGUAAUGAAGUUCACUGUGUUUAUAAAUUGAAAAGGUACCGGGUCUUACAGCAUUUUAUAUAUCACACCUUUACCAGAGUAACAUGAUGGCAAUAUACAAGUGAUAUUGUUAGGUGGUUUAACUUGUAGUGAGAAUAAAUUUAAUUCUUCAGUUAUAUUUUGUACUAUGGUUCAGGGCUAUGACUAAUAUUUCAGGCCUUUUCCAGUAAUAGAAAUUUAGUGUUUAUGAAAUAUUUGCUACCUGAUACUGAUAUCCUGAUGUUUAAUUAGUAAUUUUUAACAUCAUGUGAGUCACAGUUUCAAUGCCAAGAUCUAGGCAUGCUGAUGUUCUGUUGACAUUAUCUCCAGGGUUUUUACUAUAAGGUUGAAAUUUAGCCCAGCUCUAGCCAUUUUACAAAUAUUUUUAAAAGCAGUCACUCUUGUUUGUUUUUUUUUUGUUCUUGUUGUUGUUGUUUUUUUUGUUAAGAUCAGGUAUGCGUGGGUGUGUGGGUGUGUGAAUGGGGGUGGGGGGGUGCGUGUAAGCAAACUGUGGUGUAAAUAGAUUCUCAGUGAAUUCUGGUAUUCAGACUCUAUUCCACUAGUGAAAUAACCAUUUUCUAAACUUCUUAAACCUGAUUCCCUUUGCCUUUUUAUUUAUUGAAUUUCCUUGGUUUGGAGGUGGCAGUCCCAAACACUAGAGUCCAUACUUUUUCAUCACACAGCUCAGAGAAGGUGCAUGCCAAGGAGGUUCUCACCUCCCUAAAGAAGGGACUUGAAUUGGAGGGACUUUAAUUCACCCCUUCCUUCAUCACAACUCUUUCCACCCCCCUACCCCCCCUUCCUUUUUGCACAUGCCAAGAUGAUGGCUGCAGUUUUGCAGCCUUCUACUCCCUUGAAAAUCCCUUCUACAGUGCUGUUCACAUGAGAGCCCAGUAGCCUCCGAUUUGGAGGUAGGACUGACUUGAUUCCGUAAAAUGCCGCCUAGUCUACCUAUUUCUCGGAAGCAGUCUGGUAAAACUCCUGUUAGUGCACUCACUAAUCCUCUACAAGGACAAAAUCACUUGUAUUUACUUACAAAACUCCAAUUUGUUUUUUUUUUUCCCUGAAACUCCUAUUUCAUAAAUACAAAAUAACUAUCUGAAUUAUCACUUUAAUAUGAACAACCUAUCUUCUUUGAAUUGUGUAUAUAAAAAUAAUAGCAACUCUUGUUUUUGUACAAAGAAAAUGUUCCAUUGAUGGCAAAGGUUUUCAGUCAUUUCUUCAAAAUAGUGCAAUCCAGAUGGUCAGCUUAUUUUGAUAUUGAAGUGUAAAGAUUACAUCUCUGCAUUAAUUUUUAAAUUAUGCUAACACAAUACUGAGUCAGUUGGGCAUGUUUUGUUCUGUAAUUUUUUUUAAAAAACUUGGCUGGGAUUUGAGGGAAAAGAGGCUAAUUUGGAAUUUCCAAAAGUACCCCUUUUAUAUUUUAAACUCAGCAAUGACUGUCUCUAUUUCCAUUGUUGAAAUUUAUUAGCCUGAAGUGAACACACCUCCAGCUUGAAACCAGGUAGAAGUAAAUUUUAAACUCUUUGACAGCGAUUUUUCUACUUGUAGCCAUAAGAAGGAACCAGGUUCCUAUAUAAAAGACCGGGAGCAUAAUAAACAGUUCAAUUUAUAUGGGCUAAAUAUUUCCCAAACAUAGGAUUUGCUGAUUCCAUCUCUUCACCUCUCUUCUUCCCAAUGUUCUCCAUUCUCCUCUCUCUCUCCUCUCUCCCCCCCCCCCCCAACAUGUCAACUGAAAGUCAAAUUUAUAAUAAAUAGCCAUUAGGAAAGGUCAGGAGACCCACUUCAGAAAUUCAGACUUUUAUGCAGGAUGAUGGAUCUGCUUGACAUGAUAUCCAUUGCAGGCAAUGGACACAUUCAAACCAGCAGCAGCAAGAAGCAUGCUAAAGUUAACCUAUUUGGCUUACUUUUAAAUAAAAUAUUUCUUACCUGUUGAAUCAGUUUUCUCAAUAGUGAUUAACAUUCUACCCCUAGGGUGGUAAUGACUAAUUUAUUAUACUGACUUAUCUACAAAACUGUCACAGAUGGGUAAGAGCAGUUUUUUAAAUGUACAAGCUAAAUAUUAGUUUGUACCAAUGGAUCAUCAACAACUUGAAUCCUUGUUCAUUACAGUGCUCAUAUCUGUGUUCUGUGCAGUUGUCCAUUAGGAAGCAGGGUGGAAGUUCAGUAUUUGGGGAUUUGAAGCGAUAGUUACAUAAUGUCUGCUUCCAGCCAGUCAGAAACAUCUAGCCAUACUUUUCUUAUGCAAGCCAUUCAGUUAUCAGGACUGUGAAUUAACACUGUAUGAAUAAAUUUCUGUACACCUUAUUGUUUGGCCAGAUGGCCACCAAGUGUACUUAUGUGUAAUCCUUAAAUUUUAAAGUAGCUGUAAUUUUUAAAUCUUUCUAAACUUUUCUGAAACCACUAAAAUUAAGCUCUUACUACUUAGUCAAAUAUCCUCAGCUGUAUUCGUACUCAAUUGUCAGUAUGGCACAGAUUACUGUAUUAAAAUAUUCUCCUUUCGUCUUCAUAUUUACCUUCUGAGGUAAUUUUUUAACUUAAUGUGUUACUACAAAGAUUUGCAGAUCUUUAAUCAAGCACUAUGUUAAUACUGUAAUAUCAAAAUACUAUGUCGCAUUAUUUAAAAUGUUCAAAUUGAAUAGAUUAAAAGGAAGUUUUUAAAUGCUGUUGCAUCAUAUAAUUUGCUACACAACCACCUAUGGCAUCGCAUAUCAGUCUAAUACAUUUAAUGUUACACAGAAGUUAAUGCUUUGGUCUGGGUUUCCUCUAAAGAAUUUAGUUUGUCUAAAUUAAGUAAAAAUGUUCUUGACUUUUGUUUGCCAAGACAAAAUAUAUCAGCUGGAUUUGCUUUUUGGUUUUUUUGUGGGCCCAGAACUCUGGUUCAGAUUUUUAUUUGUGUGUUUUCUCUUUCAGUGGAGUAUUAACUAACAAAACUGGAUUUGGGACCUAAGAUACUCCUCAUGUUGACUUUUUCAUGAAGUUUUAAAAUAGCUUUAGAUUUCAAGGUAAACUGGAUUUGCGGACCUUAAAGUUAUGGGUUUAAAUUGCAGAUUGUGACAUCAUUACUGGACAUGUCAGCAGCAUCAUAAACCCUCUCUCAACAGCCGGGUCACUUUAAUAAGGGGAGUUUUUAAGUUCUUAUUUAGCAAUGACAUUUAAUAUGGUCCAAUUGUGUUUUUUUAACAUGAUAAAAGAGAAUAAGGAACAAACACUAUUGCUGCCGAAUGCCAUAAACACUGAGUUGUACAAAUUGUGAUUGAGGAAAUGAAAAAAGGUUUAUACUUUUUAAAAAAAAAAAAGAAAAAGAAAAAGAAAAAAACUUCAAAUGGAAUAAAUUAUUCAUGAAGCCUUCA